AUGAAAUUGGCUUGGAUGGAGGACUUGAAGAUGAUCUUUCAAGUGAACCUGUUGCUGUUUCUGACCUUCAGCGUGUCAUUUAUCGAUGCCUCCCGCAUUCUCUGUUACUUCCCGAAUCCCAGCAAAUCUCACGUUCUUUUGGCAAUUCCAAUUUGUGAAGAACUCGCAGCUCGAGGACAUUCCGUUGUUGCCGUGACAAACGAGAAAUUCAGCAGUUCUGAGAAAAAUUACAAAAAUAUCGUCAUUCCGUCGGCAGGAUAUGGAGCUGAGGUCGAGGAAAUGAUGAAAUCCGGAAACGAUACUUCGUUAAAUUUUUUAAUGAAAACCAGUGAAGCGUUCCGACGAAUUAACAUCGAAACCAUUAAAUCGGCGGAAUUUCAACGAAUUAUGCGAGAAGAAAAAUUCGAUCUCGUUUUUGUGAUUAAUGCGUUUUUUAAUAACGUUCAAUUGGGAAUUGCGGAUCAUUUUAAGGCGCCAUGGGUGGGACUUUCGCCAAUGGGAAAUUUUUUGCCGUAUCGUCAGUAUUUGGGAUCGCAUUCGUUUGUCGCAACAGUUCCUUUUGCCAUGGCGCCAUUUGGCGGUUCGAUGACCUUGAAAGAACGAAUAAUUAAUUUUUUAAUGAAUUUCGUCGAACAUUUGGCGAAUUUUUACAUGGAUUUCGUUCAAAAGCAAGAAUACGAGUCAAUUUUUCCUCCAUCCCAAUAUCGUUCGUACGAGGAAAUGAAACGAAAUAAUUCUCUACUUUUGUUAAAUACUCACUUUUCCGAUUCGCAAAUCAUUCGUCCUCUUUUGCCGAACGAAGUUGAAAUCGCCGGAAGUCAAAUAAAGACAAAAGUUAAGCCGUUAACCGGUGAAUUGAAGAAAUUCCUUGACGAAGCCACAAAUGGAGCUAUUUUAUGGACUUUUGGCUCAAACGUUGACAUUUCCUCAACUCAACCGGAAAAAGUCGACAUCAUCCUAAAAGAACUCGCGAAGCUCCAGGAACGUGUUGUCAUCAAAUGGGAAAUUGACGACAAAUCCCGAUUACCGAAAAACGUUUUCGCUUCAAAAUGGCUUCCGCAGGACUCGAUUUUGGCACAUCCCAAUACGAAACUAUUCAUCGGGCAUGGGGGACUUGGCGGCGUUGGCGAGGCAAAAUAUUAUCAAGUUCCCAUCUUGGGAAUGCCCUUUUUUGGCGAUCAAGAUGGAAAUAUGGCGAAAAUUGUGGAAGAAGGAUGGGGCAGAAGUAUUAAACUUUUUGACGUGACACAAGAAAAUUUCGCAGAAAUAUUGCGCGACAUGCUCGUUAAUCAAAAAUAUCGCGAUAAUGUCAAAGCUCAUUCCGAUAAAUUUAAAGAUAGGAUCGCAUCAGCACUCGACACGGGCGUAUUUUGGGUAGAAUAUGUCUUGAAACACCAUGGAGCGCCUCAUUUGCGGUAUCCAGGAAAGGAUUUGAACUUUUUCCAAAGACAUUCGUUGGAUGUAUUGGCAAUAAUUGCAGGAGUUUUGUUCGUUGUUUGGAAAUUUUUGAAGAAUAUUGUCAAUUUUUGCUUUAGUUUGAAAGUGAAACAUACAAAAGAGAAAAGAAAUUAAAUUAUUUUAUUACAAAUAAACGAAAAUUUUAAUUUUUAAUAAAUUAUUUUGAUUUUU